CGCUGUCAUAAUCAUCUGCGGCAGAUUUUUUGGCCGCAACAAAACACAACUUUCGAAACCGAGAGGCCACGCUUUGAGGGAAAAUUUUUGAAACGAUCAACCCUUACCUCGUACUAUGGCCGCCUUGAGGAAAUUAACCUUUGCUGCAUCGUUGCCGUUGUCCGGUCGGUGGUGUUCCGCAGCCCCAGCCGUGUUCCGCUGCUACAGUGCUGCCGCCUCCGGAGGUGAUGCCAAGUUCCCGAAAAACGUGAUCGAACAUCUGAACACAUCCCAGGAGCAGCAGACGAAUGGGGUGGUGUACGACAAGAAACCGUUCCGGAUGGAGCUGGAAGAAGGAAAACGAUACUCGUGGUGCUUGUGUGGCCGCUCCAAGGCUCAGCCACUGUGCGACGGAACGCACAAGCUUGUCCAGUACAAAAUCACACAGCGUCCGGUCCGGUUUCAAGUCGAGAAGAAUGGCACAUACUGGCUGUGCAACUGUAAGCAAACGAAGCACCGACCCUUCUGCGACGGAACACAUAAAUGUGAGGAAGUCCAGAAAACGUCCGGAAAAUAGGAGGGUAAUCUGGAUUUCAUUUCACCGGUCGUCAGUUAAGGGGUAUGUCACCACGUGAAUGUGCAAAGGAAUCCAGCAAACGUUAAUAAAGUAGUAAAUAAAUGAGAGAAUUUUAACUGUUACCUGGCUGGCUCCU